GCGAACAAGACAUGCAGGGCUAUCGAACGCUGUCCUCGUUGUCCAUCCAGGGCACUCUCGGUCUGGUGACGGUCAAUGGAGACGUCUUCCUUUGCGUGGUGAAUUCCAGCAAAAAGGCUGCCGAGGUCAGACCGGGAGAACGGGUCAACAAGAUCAUGGGAGUCGAUUUCCAUUGCCUGACUUCCAAUCAGUACGAUCACUUGCUUCACGAUCAGGUCAACCCUUUCCCGACGGACCAUCUGGACGCCGAUGCUUACGAUAGAGGCGGGCAUCGAGAUGCUUUGCUCGAACAUCCCUGUUCGAAGCUGAAGAAAUUACUCUCGGAAGGGACAUUCUACUAUUCUGCCGACUUUGAUCUCACGAAACGCGUUCAGGAUCGUCCAGCAGAGACUACCACGGUCUCCAUUGACAGCUUGGAUGGCGGCUUUCUGUGGAAUACGUACAUGAUUCAGCCACUGGUCGAUUUCCGAAGCAGGCUCAGCGGCAGGGAGAAGGCGGCACUGGACGAGAGCAGGAUCUUGACAUCUGCCAUAAGAGGCUAUGCGAACACUGUUGCAAUUCCCGCCGCAAGUUCACCUGCGAGAGGCGAGACCAGCGGCUUGCCUAGUAACAUGACUCUGAUCUCCAGGCUGUCAUGCCGAAGAGCCGGUACACGAUUCAAUUCGAGAGGCAUUGAUGAUGAUGGGAACGUGGCCAACUUCUCCGAGACCGAGACGAUCUUCACCACAGAUCGUUUGUGCUAUUCUUACGUGCAGUGCAGAGGCAGCGUGCCUUUGUUCUGGGAACAGGCUUCCGGCCUGCCAGGACAGCAAAAGAUCCAGAUCACUCGGUCUGCUGAGGCGACGCAACCGGCUUUUGACAAGCACAUGCAGCGGCUUUCGGAGACCUAUGGCGAUAUCGUGGCUGUAAACCUCCUCAGCGAGGAGAAGCCGCAAGAGACGCAAUUGACGCGACUCUAUAUGCAUCAUAUUGACAACAGCUUGCUCAACACUCACGCAAAAGGGGCGGAGUCCGAGCACAAGCACGUCAUUCCGGUGAACUACGAUUUCCACGCAGAGACCCGGGGGCCGAACGGGUACCAGGCUGCCAGCGGAAUCAGGAGAUCGAUUGAGAAGGCUGUAGACGCAUUUGAGUACUACCUGUCGGAAGAUGCACCGGGCAUUGUUAAUCAGAAUGGUCGCAAACAUUCCGCCAUUGUACAGAACGAGAUCCUGAAGCAAGCUGGUGUAUUCAGGACGAACUGCUUGGACUGCCUCGACCGCACAAACCUGGUCCAGACCAUCAUCUCGCAGAUUGCUUUUGAGUUGUUCUUGGAGCAGCGACGCGAACCCAGGCCCACAUCAGACUUUUGGGCAAGACAUGGUAUACUUUGGGCUGACAAUGGUGACGAACUCUCCAAGAUAUACGCCGGCACAGGAGCUCUCAAGUCGUCCUUCACGAGAUCUGGCAAAAUGUCGAUUGCAGGAACACUGGCCGAUAUCAGGAAGUCGGCACAGAGGCUCUACAUCAACAACAUCGAAGAUCCACGGAAACAGACGAUUAUGGAUAUGCUGCUUGGUCGCUUGGUUGGCCAGACUCCAGUGCACUUGUACGAUCCGAUCAAUGAUUGGGUCACGAUAGAAUUGGGCCGACGAUACCGAGAGUACACGAGUACCGACAAGAUUAACAUUUGGGCUGGAACUUUCAAUCUGAAUGGACGAACGCACGGCCUAGGCGAAGAUCUGAGUCCGUGGUUAUGUCCCGAAGUUGAGAAAGAGUAUCGAUCACCAGAAAUAGUUGCCGUGGCGUUCCAGGAAAUUGUUGAUCUUGAUGUCAAUCAGAUUUUGUCAACAGACCCACUGCGACGGUCAAUGUGGGAGACCGCUGUCCGAGAUACACUUAACAGGAAAGCCCAGAAGUAUGGAGGCGAAGAGUAUGUGAUGCUGAGAGGUGGUCAGCUCGUCGGUGCCUCGCUCUCUGUGUUCGUCAAGGUCAGCGUCCUGCCGAUGAUCCGCAAUGUUGAAGGCGCCGUGAAAAAGACGGGCCUCAGUGGCAUGGCGGGCAACAAGGGCGCUGUGGCAAUUCGCAUGGAGUUCGCAGACACUUCCAUCUGUUUGGUUACUGCCCACCUGGCUGCUGGGUUUGGAAACUACGACGAGCGAAACCAAGAUUACCGCACGAUUUCUUCGGGACUACGCUUCCAACGUAACAAAUGCAUUGAUGACCACGAUACGGCCAUCUGGUUUGGGGACUUCAACUACCGCAUCGGUCUUCACAACGAGCGUGCCCGACAGCUGAUCAAGAUGCGAGACUUGGGCCAGCUGUAUGAGAAUGACCAGCUGAAUUUACAGAUGAUUGGAGGGAAAGUCUUUUUACAUUAUUCGGAGCGGACACCGACAUUCCUGCCCACAUACAAAUUCGACCCUGGAACCGAUGAGUACGAUACUUCUGACAAAGCCCGGAUUCCUGCCUGGUGCGACAGGAUUCUGAUCAAGGGCGACAACAUUCAACAGCUGUACUACGACUCUGCGCCACUGCGCUUCUCGGACCACAAACCAGUAUGGGGACUGUUUUCGUGCGAGGUCUGCGUUGUGGAUCAGGCCAAGAAGGAGCGAAUCAGCAAUGAGUUAUAUGCAAAGCGUCGAGCUGUUGUUGGCAACCAUACCGCUGGCGAUAUGGCAGACAGCGAUGACGAGUCGUUGUACGGAUAUACGUCAGUGGAAGCUGGCCUGCCGCCUGCGAGCUCAAAUGAUAGAAAGUGGUGGCUGGACAAUGGUUUGCCGGCACAAUCGACUGUGAAGCCACCCAGUGCGAGUCACAUUCCCAACCCAGCAAGACUCUCGAAUCCUUUCACACCAAGUAAUGAGCUAGAUUGGGUGAAAGUGGACAUUCCGGGAAAUACCCCACCAUUACAUCCAGCGAGUCUAUCUCGUAGUCCCAGCAGGGGAGGUGUUCGUGGCGAGAUCGUGCCUAGGAAGAGCGCUCCGUCGUUCAAGGCACCACAGCAGAAUGCCCAACAUCCUACGAACCUCGCGGGCACACAAAUGGAUGGUCACGGAGAUCAUCAGCUCAGGCAGACCCUACGCAAGCCUGCUCCCCCGCCGAAGCCUACCAAGCCUAACCUUCUGCGAUCCUCCUCGGGGACGUCCUCAGUUUCCUCCUCGGUGAAGUCUGUCCAUCCUCCUCCAUUGCCCGAAUCCAGACGGGCCCAUAAUGCCCCUCACCAAUCCAUGACUAGAAACGUGAUACUUCCCCCUCCACCGACUCGAGCUAAUGGCGAUACAGAGAAACGGAUUCCCGCUCCUCUGCCUCCGCCACCUAGGAAGCCGGUGAAGACGAAUUUCCAAAAUGGCGGGAAAAUGAGUGCUGAGAAGGACGACGAGAAGGCUCCGGCAUUGCCUGUCAGACGACCUACGGCGCCCCUGAUGGACGAGGAUGGUAAUGGAGAAGCUGAAUUGGGCGGAUGGAUUCCUUUGAGGCCCACAUUGGAAUAAAAGACAGACGGGGUGACACGAAUGAUGUGAGACGAAUAACGUUGGAGGCUUUUAGCGCUUGCACACGUACACUAUUGUUAGUUGAGGCUAUAUCUUGCAGCGUGAAGCACAAGUCGGUGAUUGCAUAGAAGAUGAGAAAAUAAAUCCAUGAUUGCAUGAAAGCUGAG